AUGAUUAAUAUUAGAAAUAAAAGACUUGAUUAAUCUUAACUUACUUGUGGUCGAUAAUCCGUUAAUAGUUCUAUUGCAACUUAAGGAAAAGAUUAUCAACAAUUAGAAAAAUCAUUCUAUUAAAUAAGUUAAGAAUAAAAAGUUAAAUAACAUACAUUACCUGCUUUAUAAGAAAAAAAAGGAUUAUUUGAAUAAAUAUUUGUUGCUGUUCAUGAGAAAUUGAAUGAUGAUUUUUAAAGUACAAUAUUCAGGCAGACUCAAUACAAAACAUUAAUUAAAAAAAGUAAUAAAACUUUAAAAUUGAAAACUAAUAAUACUAAAAUAAAAUUUAAGAGAUAACAAUCAGUAAUUGAAACUAAUAUCAAUUAAAAUUGUAUGAUAAAAGGAAAUUGGAUAAGUUGUGAAUAAAAUUGGUUUCCUUAAUUUAGAGAAUUUGGAUAAAUGGUUUCCCAUUAAGGUUCCAUAUAUUUAAGUGGAGGUUUUGGUAAUUCUGUAAAUAAUGAUUUUUGUUAAUUUGAUUUAAGUAAUAUAUUAUUCAUUUAAUUAGCAAGCAAUAAGUGGAGUUCUUUAUAAAACGUUAUUCCAAGAUAUGGUCAUACGAUGACAUCUAUAUUAUCUGAAUUAUAUGUAAUUGGAGGAGAAUAAAUAAAUAAUUAUGGACCUCUAAGAUCAAAAUGUUUUGUUAAUGAAAUUCAAAAGUUUGAUGGCGAAAAAUGGCAUACUAUAAGAUAUGCAGGAAUAUUUUAAAUGAGAAAAUAUCAUGCUGCUACUAGUUAUAAAGAUUCAAUUUUCAUUGUUGGAGGAGAAGGAUUUAAGAAUAAAGUUUUAAGUGAUACAAUGAUUUUUGAUGCUAUUCAUUCGAGAUUUCAUGAAGUACCCAAUCCUAAAAAUAUGUUUGCCAAAGGAAUUAUGCAUACUGCAAUUGUUGAAGCUUAAGAGACAAUAUAUUUAUAUGGUGGAGUAGAUUAGAAUGAUGAAAUUUAUGAUUAACUUUAUACUUAUGAUUCAAUCUAAAAUUGGAAGUAAAAAGAAACAAUUGGAUCAAAACCUCCAAAAUUGAUGAUGCACACAAUGGUUUAUUACGAUCCAUUUAUCUUAUUAUAUGGAGGUAAGAUUGAUGAUUUGUAAGAAACGACUUUUUCAAAUAAAAUAUAUGCAUUAAAGAAUAAUGAAUGGUUUAUAAUAGAAUAAGAAGGUGCAAUUCCAUAGCCAAGGGCUGGACAUUCUUCUUGUAUUGAUGGUAAGUGUUUAUGAAAAUUAUAUAGAUAAUAAAUUACUAAUCUUUGGAGGUUUUAACUAUGAUGGUUAUCUUAGUUGUUAAAUGUAAAUAAUGGAAUUCAAAAGAGUUUAUCAAAUAAAUAGAAUAGUUUCUUUGCCUGCUUUAAAAUCAGAACCUGCUGAAAUUUCAUAGUGUCAAAGAAAGACUUUUCUACUAAGAACAAGAUUUAGUUUACUAAAAUGA